UCUUAUUUUUUCCCCCACCAAAGCAACUUGUAGCUAACUAAACAAAAAAUCAAGCACAAAAAAAACAAAAACACUUUUUUCUUGCUAUUUUUUGGCUUUUCUCAUUUCUUGAAAUCUACAAUUUGUUUAAAAUCAGACAACUUCCCUUUUCUUUUUCUCUUUUUCUACACUUUUUUAUUUAUCCUUUUUUCUAAUUUCUCGUAAUUGCACACAAAUCUCAUAUUUUAUCAUUCUUAAAGAUGCCCUUAAUGACUUUUAAGACACCCGAGCGCGUCAGCUGGAACGACGACGCGUCAGGACAUACCUUUUUUAUCGUUGUAAAGUCCGACACAACAAGCAAGUGGAGAGCAAACCCAAAGAUGCCCUUGGACGAGGUUGUUUACUCCAACGACAUUCUAUGCUUCAAAGGACCCUCGGCCGGUAUCAGUCUCGCACCAUCGAGUGGUUUACUCCAGACGGCGUUCAAAACAACAGAUAAAGCGACUAUCAUUAAGAGUAUACUUUCGGUCGGUACCAUUGCCAUGAGUGAGUUUGAGCUGGACGUGGAUUCGCAGACCACUAAUGCUAUUAAUGCCGCGUCAUCUGUCGCUAAUGUCGCUUCGGGAGCUGCUACUAAUGCGCUGGAGGGCAUGAAAGGGUAUCUUUCGUCAUUUUGGUGAUAUAUCUUUCUUUUUUAUUGUUGGUUUGUGUAUUCGUUGAUAAAAUAAUUAGUCAUUUAGUGAA